AGGUACAGUGUAAAAACAAUCCUUGCCUAAAAAAACAAAACAAAAAACCUUAUUGGUUUUUGGUGAUGGAGUUCCCCACUUUUCCUCCGGGAGACAUGUAUGUUUCAUUAUCUCCCUUCAACGUCACCAUUCCCGACGCGCUCCUACUCGGACCCCCGAUGGGCGUCGGUGCCAAUGGGACCAACAGCACCAGCGUGCCCGUGGGUCGUGACACGGCGAGGGUCGUCAUCGCUGUGUGCAUCACCGCCCUCUACUCGCUCAUCUGUGUGGUGGGACUGUUGGGCAACGUUCUUGUCAUGUACGGCGUAGUAAGAUACACCAAGAUGAAGACCGCCACCAACAUCUACAUCUUCAACUUGGCCCUAGCGGACGCCCUGGCCACCAGCACCUUGCCCUUUCAGAGUGCCAAUUACCUCAUGAGCACGUGGCCGUUUGGGCAGUUGCUGUGCAAAGUGGUCAUUGCCAUCGAUUACUACAACAUGUUUACCAGCAUCUUCACCCUCACCAUGAUGAGCGUGGACCGCUACGUUGCUGUAUGUCAUCCCGUAAAGGCUUUGGACUUCCGUACUCCUGCCAAGGCCAAGAUCAUAAACAUCUGCAUCUGGAUCCUAUCAUCGGUCAUUGCGGUCCCUGUGAUGAUCAUGGCUGUUACAAAGGUGACAGCAAAAGGCAAUGCGGAUUGCAGAAUCAUAUUUCCUGAACCAGACUGGUACUGGGACACCGUGACAAAAAUCUGCGUGUUCAUCUUCGCCUUCCUUGUGCCUGUGCUCGUCAUCACCAUCUGCUAUGGUCUGAUGAUCUUGCGGUUAAAGAGUGUCCGCCUUCUCUCUGGAUCCAAAGAGAAGGAUAGGAACCUGAGGAGGAUCACCCGUAUGGUCCUGGUGGUGGUGGCAGUCUUCAUCAUUUGCUGGACUCCCAUACACAUUUUCAUUAUCGUCAAGACCAUGGUGAAGAUCAAUCACAAAAACCUACUGGUGACGGCAAGCUGGCAUCUGUGCAUCGCCCUGGGCUACAUCAACAGCAGCCUCAACCCGGUUCUUUACGCCUUUCUGGAUGAGAACUUCAAGAGAUGCUUCAGGGAUUUCUGCCUGCCCUAUCGCAAACGUACAGAGCAGCACAGCUUCUCACGUGGCCGCAACAGCACCAGGGAGCCCGUGUCCGUUUGUGCCCCUGCCACUAGACCGCCCGCAUGACUAGGCGUGGACUGAACGGGGAUCCAAGAUGACCUCCAGACAGAAGUCACGCAGUUCUCCACCACAGGAGUGUGAACGCAUAAAUGUCGGCAUUUGUUCCACCACUGUCAGUUUUAUGUCGGUCUCAUGCCUGAGGCUUCUCAUGGUGGAUUCCUUGUGAAGAGAAGCAAUGCUUGUCUUUCAGGAUGAAGAAAAAAAUGCCAAUGCGUGCCUGUAGAUUCUGAAAUGGUGAAUGCAGACAGUGGAGUGACAGAUUAAAGGGGAAAAACUUUGAUCAGGCAUUUAAAAAUGCCUUCAACCUGAAAACAAAAACUUGUAAAAUACAUUAAAAAAAAAAAAUCAAACACAUUGAUUAGGGCUGCACAAUUAUGGCUAAAAUCAAAUCCUGGCACUUUUCAACAAUCAGUAUGUUAACAGUAUAACAGUAAUACCCAAGAAUUGAAAAUUGUCUACAGGCAAACUGAAUGAAUAUGCUAUUAUAGUAUCGUGUUUAGGGCCACUUGCUCUGAAUCUUUAAUAUGUCGGUUCCAUGAAUGUUGAUAUCUUAGUAGCAGCUCCUCGCACAAAGCUUCUGAUCUCAAUUUUUUUUACUGUACAGUUACUUUUUUUCCUCAAACCAGUACUCUGCAGGAGGUGCUUGCUUGUUAUGUAGGCACCUUGAAAAAAACCUUCCCAAUGUGCUCAUCUGCCGGUGGUUGGUUGAAAAAAAAAAGCCAGACCAGAUGUGCAGGAGUGGCUACAUUUAAAAUGUAAUAUUUUUCAUAAAUCACGAGGAUUUAAUUGUGGCUAUCAACGUAUGAUCUCGAUUAAAUGUGCAGCACUAACAAAUACACAAACAAUGAAAAUACAAACGUGCUGUUGAACGUGCUUAACUGAAUGACUAAAAACAAAACACUUGAUUUUUUUGCCAACUCAAUGGCUGAAAUACUUAUAAAACAGUAUAGAAUGUUUUAAUUUUGCUUCACAAGUAGUGCUAAAAUAGCUAGCAAGCUUGCAACCUUAUUUCAGUCGACUUCACCUUCAAUACAAGCAAGUUUACCUGGGGAAAAACAUCAUCAAAAUCAAUUUCAUGGUUUGGUACUGUUACAAGAGGCGUAGGACUAAAAUUCUCUCAUGUUAAUUUUUUGGGGGUUCUUUCAAUGUAAAUAGUCUUUCAAACAACAAUCAGUUGUCAGUUUUAAAAUUCAUCAACUGAAAAAAAAAAACAGUUCAGUCUCAUGUUCACAUAACAUUUGACCCGUCACAAGUCUUUAUGCAGUAUUUGUUGGGUGCGUGAAAUAUUGAUUCGUAAUAUCCAUUUUCUAUAGGCCGUGCAUUCAUUAGGAUCACAGAUAAGUUGGAGCUUUUUCCCAACUAACUUUGAGUGAGAGGCUAGCUAUGCCUUGGAGUGGUUUGUUGUCAGCUGUAUUGAGUUGUGUCAUAGAAAACCAUUUCAAAAAGCUUAGCCAUGCUUCCUAUACUCUGGGACAAGCUGUUUUACAUCACAGCACCCUGAGUGCAAAAUCACAGCAGAGGUGCUCAAUUGACUGUAAAUAUGGCCACAAUAACAACAUGAGAACGUCACAUUUUCCACUUCGACAUGAUUGUCCCUUUUUAUUUGUCAGUCUACAAUGUUCAAGCACAUUCAAAAUGCACUACACACGACAGGUGGUGUUUAGACUGGUUUAUACUUUUCCAGAUUUGUCCCUACUUCAGCGCGGUAUUGGGUGUUACAUUGCUGAGUGUCAGCUUUAAGAGUGUUUGGAGAUGACCGGCCUUAUUGGGAGAAAAGCAUAGCUCAGUGUAAACACAUUGAAGUAAUCGACUUGUCCCGCUGUAAAGGCCUUUGCUACAAAAGGCUCAGAGCAGUCUGCUUAUCCAAUGUAGUCACGAACGACUCGUUAAAAGUUCCGUAUGAUGAGGACCAGAGAGGUGAAAAUGACAGCAGUGUGGCUUUGACAUAUCAUCACCGCAUGAUUUAGGUGUUUUAUGAAGAUGCAUUAAAAUCAUCUUCUGUUCUGCGCAUACUGAUGUUGAGGUAGUUAAGAUGAGAGCUUGCUUCAACCCCAGAGAUGCCGGCUAAGAGCAGGCAACGCAGAUUAUAGCUGAGCUGAAGAGGUCUCUGGCAUUGCAACCAUAAUAUGUCUAAAAUGCCACACAGGGCCUUCCACUAUCCGUGGCUGUCAGGUGAUACAGCAGGGACUGUGAGAUGGUGCAUAUAAACAACACAAAUACAGACUCACACAGACACUGCAGUUUUGCACAGGACAAGCCACUAUUGUAUACUGUAGCCAUGGUAUCAACAUUUUUAUACUUGGUUAUGCUUUAGUCAUUCAGAACAUUUUACCACCAUGUCCUUUUUAGAGCAUCCAGGUGGUAGAGAAACACCCCUGUUCACAACUUUAUGAACACUUGAAAAUUGGCACUAAAAGCUUCAACUCCUCUGAGAAGACCUUCGGGAAACACCAAACUUAUUCAACCAUGUGUUUAUUGAUUUUGACUUCAGCACUGACGCAUAGUCAUGUAAAACAAAUAAGGGCCAUCACUCAAGUAGGAGGCUCAGAAUUGUCCAACUAAGGCUAGGUUCAUACUGCAGGUCGUCAUGCACAAUUCGGAUUUUUUUGUCAUAUCUGUUUUUUGGGCGUGUCGAUUCAGACUGUCUUUGUCCAUUGAGCCUGUUCAAGUACAGUGAUCCCUCGUUUUUCGCAGUUAAUGAGGACCAGAACCCGCCGCGAUAAGUGAAAAACCACGAAGUAGCGCACGCCUCCCCCAAAGUUUAUUUUGUUCACUUUCUUUUACCAAAGUAUAAUAAAAAAAAUACAUAUACGGUGGGGCAAAUAAGUAUUUAGUCAACCACCAAUUGUGCAAGUUCUCCAACUUGAAAAGGCCUUCAUUGUUAACAUGGGUAAACCUCAACAACGAGAGACAGAAUGUGGGGGAAAAAAAACAGAAAAUCACAUUUUUUGAUUUUUAAAUAAUCAAUUUCCAAAUUAGAGUGGAAAAUAAGUAUUUGGUCACCUACAAACAAAGAUUUCUAGCUGUCAAAGACGUCUAGCUUCUUCUAACAAGGUCUAACAUGGUCUAAUGAGGCUCCACUCGUUACCUGUAUUAAUGGCACCUGUUUUAACUCAUUAUCUGUAUAAAAGACACCUUUCCACACUCUCAGUCAGUCACACUCUAAACUCCACUAUGGCAAAGACCAAAGAGCUGUCGAAGGACACCAGAGACAAAAUUGUAGACCUGCACCAGGCUGGGAAGACUGAAUCUGCAAUAGGUAAAACGCUUGGUAUAAAGAAAUCAACUGUGGGAGCAAUUAUUAGAAAAUGGAAGACAUACAACACCACUGAUAAUCUCCCUCGAUCUGGGGCUCCAUGCAGAUCUCACCCUGUGGCGUCAAAAUGAUAAGAACGGUGAGCAAAAAUCCCAGAACCACAAGGGGGAGCUAGUGAAUGACUUACAGAGAGCUGGGACCACAGUAACAAAGGCUACUAUCAGUAACACGAUGCACCGCCAGGGACUCAAAUCCUGCACUGCCAGACGUGUCCCCCUGCUGAAGAAAGUCCACGUCCAGGCCCGUCUGCGGUUCGCUAGAGCGCAUUUGGAUGAUCCAGAAGAGGACUGGGGGAAUGUGUUAUGGUCAGAUGAAACCAAAAUAGAACUUUUUGGUAGAAACACAGGUUCUCGUGUUUGGAGGAGAAAGAAUACUGAAUUGCAUCCGAAGAAUACCAUACCCACUGUGAAGCAUGGGGGUGGAAACAUCAUGCUUUGGGGCUGUUUUUCUGCAAAGGGACCAAGAUGACUGAUCUGUGUAAAGGAAAGAAUGAAUGGGGCCAUGUAUCGAGAGAUUUUGAGUGAAAAUCUUCCAUCAGCAAGGGCAUUGAAGAUGAGACGUGGCUGGGUCUUUCAGCAUGACAAUGAUCCCAAACACACAGCCAGGGCAACAAUGGAGUGGCUUUGUAAGAAGCAUUUCAAGGUCCUGGAGUGGCCUAGCCAGUCUCCAGAUCUCAACCCCAUAGAAAAUCUGUGGAGGGAGUGGAAAGUCCGUGUUGCCCAACAACAGCCCCAAAACACCACUGCUCUAGAGGAGAUCUGCAUGGAGGAAUGGGCCAAAAUACCAGCAACAGUGUGUGAAAAGCUUGUGAAGAGUUACAGAAAACGUUUGGCCUCCGUUAUUGCCAACAAAGGGUACAUAACAAAGUAUUGAGAUUAACUUUUGGUAUUGACCAAAUACUUAUUUUCCACCAUGAUUUGCAAAUAAAUUCUUUAAAAAUCAAACAAUGUGUUUUUCUUUUUUUUUUUUUUUCACAUUCUGUCUCUGAUGGUUGAGGUUUACCAAUGUUGACAAUUACAGGCCUCUCUAAUAUUUUCAAGUGGGAGAACUUGUUUGUCUUGUUUAACUCGGAGAAUUCGUUACCAGAGACAGGCUUUAAUUUGUUAUCGUUAUGCAUAUAUGAACCUCAUCGUCACAUACGUGAUCACACAAAACGCAACCACGCAUCGCCUCCCCGCAUUUCUUCCUCCUCCUGAGUCCUCACAAAUAAAACAUUUUUUUCCUUUUUUUUGUCGGGCUCGUGCCUACAAAUAAAACAUAAAAUUUCGGGUUUUUCGGGCUCGGGCAAGCAAAUCAAGUUAAUUGAUCGGGCUCAGGCGCCGUCGGGCUUUAAUACCCAUGGGCCGGUCGGGUCGGGCUGGAUUUUUUUAGGCCCGAUCUAACUUCUAGCGUCAUGUAAUGUUAGCAUACCUUACACCUACUCAGCCUGUUGUUCUCUAUUGUAUUUUAAAUUGCCUUUCAAGAUGACAUGUCUGUUCGUGGUGCUGGAUUCUAUCAAAUAAAUUUCUCCCAAAAAAUGCGACUUAUACUCCGGUGCGACUUUUAUAUGUUUUUUUCCUUUUCAUUGCGCGUUUUUUGGCUGGUGCGACUUAUACUCAGGCGCCACGGUAAAAAAAAGGACAAAUACGGCAAACGGUUGUGUAUAUGGGUACUUCGAUAGUAAUGGUGAUUAGUCUAGAGUGUACGUCACCUUUUGACUAAAAGGAAUGGACUCCAGUUCACCCAUCAUCACCCAAUAAGGCUAAACAAUAUAGAAAAUGGAUGGAAGUUCAGUAAUGUAUAUUCAGCGUGGCAGAGUAAACGACACCAUAAUGACAAUGGGUCUUUGCGGCUAAAAGAGAGAAUCCAGUAACAAGGAAGGGCUAAUGUCUUUCAGGAAAUUGCGUUUGAUUUACUGUAAAUCUAUUCCUUUGUUCCUAACAGGGGUGUAAUCACAAAUGACGGGCACAUUCAUGGUCAAUAACAAACAAACACAUUCUGUGCCUCUCCAUUCAAAAGUUCCAGUAAAAACACCAUUAAACUUUUUUUUUUUAAUUUCUAUUUUUGUAGACAUGUUUUGAGGUAAAGCAAAAACGUCAGCAGAUUUUGAUUUUCAUGCAUAUAUUCACGUCGCCAGCGGUUAUCAUAAGUCAUUACGGCUAGCCACUCACAUUGUUUAUUGCCACACCACAGGCUUAAGUCACAUAUGAAGUGCAGUGAUAACACAUAGGUCUUUUUUUUACGCAUAGAGAAUGGAGUCAUGUUUCCAUGCGUGACUUUAAGCGCAACACAAUUAAAGGGAAUGAGAGGAGUCGCUUUGAGUAGUGAUGACUGACAUCAUCUGUAAACAGUCCCACAAUGUCACAACACAUUCCCCUCACAGAUAUGCCGGCCUGCGCCUGUCUUGAAAGUAAAUUGGUUAGCCCUGCCUCUGGCACAGAGUUGAGCUACCCGUUAUGUAGGAUUUACACCGUUCACAAAAAUAGAGCUGGAAGAGAAAAUCUACAAUUACUCAUUGUUUCCACUCUUCUAGUGGUUGGGACACAUUUGUCUUAGCAUGACUUUAAUAUUCAGCCUACACUAAAACAUGAUGUUUUGAAUGAGAAGGCGGCACAGUAAACUGAGUCAUUGACUUCAAACUGUUUGGAGGAAAGUCAUUAGCAAAUCAAGGAGAGGCUUCCGAUUCACAUUACAAUAUGGAGAAAUUAUCCAUUAGGGAUGACUGGACAUGGGCAAAUGGACAUUUUUCUCCAACAUAUUUUACAUAAAAAUGUGGAAAUUAUGCCAGUGAUUGUGUCUAUAUUGGAAAUGUAAAUACAGCAACAUAUACAGUAGAUAUAUUAGAGCAGAGGUGCCCAAGUUCGGUCCUUGAGAGUCCCUAUCCAGCUUGUUUUCCAUGUCUCCCUCCUUUAACACACCUGAAACAAACGAUCAGCUCAUCAGAAAACUCUGCAGGAGCCUGAUAAUGAUCCUGAUCAGAGGCGUAGCAAGGGUCCCCGGGGGCCCCAGGCAACAAGCAACACGGGGCCCUUCGAGCUUGUGCAAGUAAGGGGGACAGUUGGACUUGGAGCAAUAGCAUAUUUAAUAAAAGUAUAUGUCAAACGAUUAAAAUUUUUAAUCGAGUUAAUCACAAUUUAAAAAUUAAUUAAUAGUAAUUAUUCACAAUUCAAACCAUCUCUAAAAUAUGCCCUAUUUUUUUGUAAAUUAUUGUUGGAAUGGAAGGAUAAGACAAGACGGAUAUAUACAGUGCCUUGCAAAAGUAUUC